AUGGCCGGCCUCCAGAAAGACCCUGCCUUUGAAAGAUGGGCUCAUCUCCGUGAGAACACUCAUCUCUACUUCCGCUGGAACAAAAGAACCGUUAACAAGACCCUUUUCUGGGGUAUUGUCAUUCCCGUUGGUCUGACAAUUUUGUCCUACAAGACCGAUAGAAAAUGGGAUUUUACUGGUGCUCAGACAAAGAAGGAACUCAACAUGGAGAAAUAA